AUGGCAGCCGCUCCACAGCAAGAAUUCGACAUCCCAUACCGCGUCAUCUCCAUCACCGACAAGACGCACAAGACCUCCUACCCGGCCAUUUCUCCCUCCCGCCCCGCCCUCUCCCAAGCCGGCCGGACGGUCCUCAUCACCGGCGGCAGCGGGGGCAUCGGCUACGGAAUCGCCCUCGCGUUUGCGACUGCCGGAGCUGCCCGAGUCAUCAUCGUCGGCCGGGACGAAGCCAAACAACAGGCAGCUGUCGCGAGUCUCGCUGCGGAAGCGGGCUCUGGUUCGCACACAAAGUUCGAGGGGAGGGCUGCCUCGCCUGGAAGCCCAGAAAACAUCGACAGCCUGUGGGAUGCCCUUGCGUCCGAGGGCGUACUCGUCGACGUGCUGGUGCUGAAUGCGGCUGUGACUGGCAACUCGCUGGAACGCAGCCUGUGGGCGAGGGGGUGGGAAUCCACCUGGGAACAGUUCGUUGUCCAUGUUCGCUCAAGAUAUCUCGUCAAUGUGGCUACAUCUGCGAUCCACGACUGGGACGCUGGGGUGAACACCAAAUCCUACGCACUGACCAAAAACUCAGGAGUGCUCUUGCUACAGCAGCUCGCACGAGAUUCACCAGUCUCCAAGAUGCAGAUUGUCAGCUUUCACCCGGGUGCCAUAUUGAGCCCUGGUGCAAAGAACGCGGGGGCGACUGAACGAACCCUCGACUGGGAUGACAUCAGCCUCCCCUCCUCUGUUGCCAUCUGGGCGGCUUCGGACGAGGCAGCGUUUUUGCACGGCCGGUUCAUCUGGUCAGCAUGGGAUGUCGAGGAGCUGCGGAGUGGGCCCCUCCGAGAGCGCAUAGAGCAGGAUGAGCAGUAUCUGCGAAUCGGCGUUCAUGGUGUGUGA